GGCUGUAUUUUGAUGUGGCACUCAUUCUGAAAAUGUCCUCCUCGGGCGGUUCGGGCUGUAAGGUGUUUAGGUUCCAGGAUCUACGCGCUGUUCCCGACCCGCUGCUCGAGCUGCAGCCGGCCUGCCUGCAGCCCUCGCCGGCCCCGGUGGUGGUGGAUAAUGGCUCGUUUCAGAGCCGGGCGGGCUGGGCGUGCGGCGGGGCUGAGUUCGAGCGGCCGCUCCUGCAGUUUAAAUCAGUGGCGGCGAGAAGCCGGGGAGCGGCGCGGAGCGAGACCCAGGUGGGGAACGACAUCCCUAACCUGGAGCCCCUGCGCUGGCUCCUCAAGAGCCAGUUCGACCGCAACGUGGUGGUGAACUUCGAGAUACAGGAGCUCAUGCUGGACUACAUUUUCGUCCACCUGGGGAUCGGGACCGAGGGAAGUGUGGAGCACCCACUGGUUCUCACAGAGGCUCCAUGCAACCCGCUUCACUGCAGGCAGAUGAUGUCAGAACUGCUGUUUGAGUGUUAUCAGAUCCCACAGGUUGCAUAUGGAGUUGACAGCUUGUUUAGUUUCUAUAACAGCAAUAUACAACGAGGGCUAAAGCUACCUCACACUGGCCUGGUGGUAUCAUCAGGAUAUCACUGCUCUCAUGUGUUACCCUUCUUCAACGGCAGAUUGGAUGCUUUUAACUGUAAGCGUGUCAAUGUUGGAGGAAGUCACACAGCAGCUUACAUGCAGAGACUUCUCCAGCUGAAAUAUCCUGCUCACCAGGCAGCCAUCACACCCAGCCGCAUGGAGGAGCUACUGCACCAUCACUGCUACAUGGCUGUGGAUUACCAGCAGGAGCUGGAGAAAUGGCGCAGUGCAGAGUUUUAUGAGGAGGAGGUUCACCGCAUGCAGUUACCGUUCUCUGGAAAGGUUGCGGGUGUGUUUGCGAGUGCAGAGGAGAGGCAGGAGAAACGAGUGCAGCAGCUGCGGAGGCUGGAAGAGCUCAACAACCGGCACAGAGAGGAAAGACUCCAGCAAGAUCAGGAGAGACUGGACACACUGCUAGCAGUGCAGGAGCUGCUGGAAGAGGGCGCAGUUGAGCAGUUUCACAGGCGCCUGAUGGAGCUGAACAUGGACUCAGCUGAAGAACUUCAGUCUUACAUCCAUAAACUCAGUCUGAGUGUGGAGCAACACCGCCUAGCCAGAGCAGAGAUCACGGAGUUGGAGCAGCCUAUGGAUGAAGGUGAAAUGGAGGCGGAUUUACGUGAAGAGAGCGCUGAGCCUGAAAAAGCUGAUACUAUUCAGCCGGUGUUUAACAUGGCUGAGUACCACCAGUUGUUUGUGGGAACUGAGAGACUGCGUGCACCAGAAGUCCUGUUCCGUCCGUCUCUGAUUGGUGAAGAGCAGAUGGGACUUAUUGAGACUCUGCAGUUUGUACUGGAACAGUACUCUCCAGAGCAACAGGCUCUGCUGGCUGAAAAUGUGUUUUUGACUGGGGGCAACCUGUUGUACCCCGGAGUCAAAGAGAGAGUGGAGAGAGAACUGCUCGCUAUUAGACCCUUCCAGUCACACUUUAAGGUUUCUCAGGCAGCUCAGCCAGCUCUGGACGCCUGGUUUGGGGCCCGCGAGUGGGCUCUGAGGAACCCUGUUGGAUCUGAAGGCUGGAUUAGCAAACAGGACUAUGAGGAGAAAGGAGGAGAGUACCUGAGUGAGCACUGUUCCUCCAACAUCUUCAUCCCCAUGAGGAUCAGUAAACCUUCACAGCGUGCCAAUGAAGUGUCACUAUCCACCACAGAGCACACACAGGACAUUAGCACUGCUAUGGGCUUGGACAGUGAUGUGGCCCACAAUCCAAACAGUGGCUUUUCUGUCUCAAUAGAGUGAAAACGUCUCAUGUUUCCAUUCACUCUGUUCAACACUGUUACGCGUAAAGUGGUAAGGGGAUACAAGCUGAAUUUAAGUGAUACGUAAUGGAAUUGGCAUCGUUUAUAUUUUUGUUACAACCAAUACAAUCAAACUACUACAAUGUGGUUGUGUUAAUGUUUUGGUAAAUGCCCAGAUCUGUUCUCAAAGAGGAUUUUUUUUCUUUACAUGAUUGUCUUACAUGCAUCUUACAGCUUCAUGUGUCCAGUUUCUUAAUUUAAAGGUUGACUAAAAUCUGUGGAGAUAUUGACAUUAAUGGACUGCUAUAUUUCUAAGCAAAUGGAAUGCAGAUGCUGUAUGAUAAAAUGUUAAAUAACAUUACAUGUGACACAUGUUCAUCUUAUUAAAAAUAUGUGAAAAGGGGAAAACUUAUUGAUGUGCUUGUAGAUGUGUGAAGAAAGAAAGAAAGAAAUAUUCUUUUUUUACUUUUUUAUUUUAAUAGCAAGUGUAUUUAUUUAAUUCAUGUAUAGCUGUUAUAAGAAUACAUCUCAGUAAAAGCACAGCAUGUCCUUUAGUAUCAACACCAGUGUACAGCUUCAUUUUAAUGUACUUGAUAAUUAUUUUUAUUUAUCCAAAGAAUAAUUUAGAUUGGUGGCCUGAUCUGUUAGCAAUGAAGACACCAUUACAUUACAUUACCAUUACAUUUAAAAUGUAGUUUAUUAUGAAUCUUUUAUAUUAUUUUAUGGAUCUAAGAACAGAGUACAACACUGCUAUCUAGUGGGCGUGGUUUUUAACACAAAACAAAAUGAUGUAAUACAAUUUCAAUAUUUUCUUACAAUCCUAAUAUUUAUUAUUAUUAUUAUUAUUAUUAUUAUUAUUAUUAUUAUUAUUAUUAUUAUUAUUAUUAUUAUUAUUAUUAUUAUUACUAUUACUACUAAAUCAAUUAUUCCACUGGUGUUCUACCAGAGUUCUAUCCACUGGUGUUAAACCUGCAUUGCCCUCACAGGUUCAGUUGUGCUACAGGUGAAGAUGCUGUGUAUGUACAUGGACACUCACUAUAUGCAAAUCAAUCAAUUAAUAAUACGCCCCCCUGGUGACAUCCAACCCUCUGCUUUUCACCUCUAUCAGAAAGACACUGCUCAGCCCAAUCAGCUUUCCCUUUUACUGCACCACUAAACCCAUACAUCAUCCAGUGCCCCUCCCACACUACUCCUCCCAUUUUUAAGCAUUAAGCAAAAAUCAGGGGGAUUAUUUACAAUUCAAAGGUGAAAUUUUGCUAAAAAAGCAUUUAGUACGGUUUACUUUAUUACUUCAGCUAGAUUUUUAGCUAGCAGGAAACUUGUUUAGACAGCAGAUUUUAAACAUUGAGUCUAUGGGUUGAAAGUGCAGUCAGUUGGUAGUAAAAGCCUCCACAGUGUGGUGCUGUUUCACAAUUAUUCUUCUCACAUGAGACCUUCUCUUUGACACACAUUUGAAUUCAUUAGGACACUGGAGCCUUUAUGUCUGAGCAAAGAUGGGUUCUUUUGAUUUAGGACUGUGAUAACAGCUUAGUCAUUGUAGUUUGUCUUUUGGCACCUCCACUGCAGAUUUGCUGUCUCAUAUUAUUGAGCAUCCCUAGUGAGGUUCCUAUUUCAGCCUGAGCAGGAAGGCAUUGACUGAGCCUGUUCGGAAAAAUAGAAAAUGGCACAGAGUUAAGAAGUGAGCUAGCUUUAGUUUACAUGAAAAGAAGGACGUUGUGCAAGUUUGUAGAAGAAGGUGCAAGCUCUUUACAUUUAGUACAGUUUUCAUCCAUUAGUCAAUUGAUUUAUCUCAAAUUUACUUGAUGUAAAACACGCAUCACUUCAGCAUUAACACAUUAGAACACACUGCCAGACAUAUAAUCAAACAUUGAUAUUCAUGUAUUUUCUAUUUAUUUAAAAGUAUUAAGCUCUGCAUAGAAGAGAGACUGAUUUACCCGCAGUAAUCAGUCACAUGGUUGUUUCAAAUCAGGAUAAUCUUUGUGAAAAAUGAUAUAGACUGUGUUGUUUCUUUCUGUACCAUUGUGUGACUCAACAAAUGCUGUAUAAGCACACACAUGCAUGAGCGUGUGUGUGCGUUCAGUUGGCUUGUGUCCAGGACUAUAAUCCACACAGCCCUGCUGAACUCUUAAUACCUCAAUCUCCUUGGGACGUUGCAUUAUAUGAGUUUGGGUGUUCCUGCUUCUGUCUGCUUACACACUCUGUGUACUCUUGUGUGCAAAAAAGAACAUGCUGUGCCAAACGGUGAAUUUUUUUUUAAAGGACACUGUCUGCUGGACUAAUACAAACUGUCCUAAUAUUAAAGAGAUUUAUUAAAAGUAA